AUGAUAAAUAAUAUAGCAAGAAAGCAGACCCAUAUUGCAAAAGCAAGAUGUUUACCUACAUUGAAAUAUGUAUCUACCUUGUUAAAUCCAAUUCCACAAUAUAUAGGUCAAAGGCCACCUAGUGAUUAUUGUGAUAUGAUUAUACAGGCAUGGGCAUCUGUUAUACCAAAUAUGAUAGCUCUUGAAAAUACAAAUGCUAGAGAUUUUGAUGAUGCUGUCAAAGUCAAAAUUAUGAAAGGUAAAAUGGCAGAAAAAUAUGUAUCAGUACUACCUCAAAAUAAUUUUGUAAAUCCAGCAGUUAAUAUUAAUACAAAUGAUGAUGCACAAGUAUUAGAAACUCUUAAAACUUAUUUAUCAGGUGAUCGAGAACUUUAUAGUUGGAUGAGAAAUGAAAAUAUAGCAGGUAUUAAUAAAUUUUUCAUUUUAUUAAAAAAUCUAUGGCUUGAACAUUCUAGUUUAUAUGUAGAUCAAAACUCUGAUCAAGCACAACCAAAGAAAAAAUCAUUAGCAAAGCAGAAUGACAAUAUUAUAUUACAAUUUAUAGUUUUACAACCAGUAUUUCCCUCAUAUAAUGAAAUGCAAAAAUUGUUUCAAGCUAUGUUAGAAAAACAGAAGGCUGAAUUCAAGGCCGAGAUUAAAAAAUUAAAAACUGAAUUCGAAUCAAAAAUGAGCUAG